AUGGCAGGGGAGGAGUGUGCAUUAGCCGUCCUCUUCCAAGCGCUGCAAGGCCUCACACUUAAAGACUUUCAGGAGUUUAAGACAAAGUUAUUGGAGGUUCACGUGGAAGGAGGAUGGAAUAUCCCCAAGGAUUCGCUGACAGAAGUCACCCACCCUUGGGCGCUUGUCAGCUGCAUGGGAGAAAACUACAGCGAAGACGCCGCAAUGGACAUAGCGAUUGGGUUGUUUGAAGAGAUGAACCAGAGAGACCUCGCGGAGAAACUCCUGGAUGAGAAGGUGAGAGAGUACAAGCGAAAAUACAGAGAGCACGUGGUCCAGCAGUUCCUCCGGUACAAAGAAGAAAACUCCUAUUUCAGGGAGAACCUGUCUGUCAGCAGCCGCUACACCGACCUGACCAUCACCAGGAAGUCUGGGAGCACAUGCGGAGACGAGGAUGAAGCUGUGGGCGCCAGCUUUGGAUGUGCUGACGCCAGCAAUGGACCAGCCACCAUCACCAUCACCACACAGGCGCUGUUUAAAUCCAAUGAAGACAGGCAAACAUCACAGGUCGUGGUGCUGGUGGGGGCCCCAGGGAUGGGGAAGACGAUGACAGUCAGGAAGGUGAUGGUGGAGUGGGUGGAAGGGACCUUCUACUCACAGUUUGACUACGUCUUCUGCAUAGACUGUAAAGACAUUGCCUUUACCAAGGAAAUGAGUGUGGCAGACCUCAUUUCAAUGUGCUGCCCUCACAGGCAAACACCAGCUGGGAAGAUCCUGGAUGACCAGAAGAAGAUCCUGUUCAUUUUUGAUGGCUUCAAGGCCCUGGGAUUUUCCUUGGUUCAGCCUGAAGAUGAGCUGAGUUCUGACCCCGAGAAAGUGAAACCACUGGAAACCACCCUGAUGAGCUUGUUGAAGAAGACUGUUCUCCCUGAGUCAUCCUUGCUCAUCACGACGAGACCAACAGCUCUUCAGAGUCUGGGACAGUGCCUGGAGGGUGAGUAUUAUGCGGAAAUACUGGGCUUUUCAGCAGCCAUGAGGGAAGAAUAUUUCCACAGGUAUUUUGAGAAUGACAAUAAAGCCGACAUGGCCUUCAGGUUUGCCAGAGGUAACAAGAUCCUCUACAGCUUGUGUGUCAUCCCCAUCAUGAGCUGGACUGUCUGCAUCAUCCUUGAACAAGAGCUUUACAAGAAGAAAAUCCUCGUUGAGUGCUCUAAAGCCACCGCAUGGAUGAGCCUGUUUUACCUCUCCUGGUUAAUGAAGUGCAGAGGCAGGGACAACCCACGGUAUCUCCAGCAGCUCCUGCGCAAGAUUUGCUCGUUGGCUGCUGAUGGCAUCUGGAAGCACAAGAUCCUCUUUGAGGAGAAGGAAAUCAAGGGCUGCAGCUUGGACCAGCCAGACCUUCUCCCUCUCUUCCUCAACGAGAAGAUCUCAAGGAAAGACACAGACCAUGGGAACGUCUACAGCUUCACCCACCUGCAUCUCCAGGAGUUUUUUACGGCAAUGUUUUAUGUCCUGGAGGACAAUGAGGAAAUUGUCGGCAACUCAGGGGCUCUUGUGAAGGAUGUAAGUAUGUUUUUACAAAGCUACAGCGAGUCCAGGAAGGAUUUGAACUUAACAGUGCAGUUCCUGUUUGGUCUGGUAAGCCAGAAAUCGAUAGAGCACACGGACAAAAUCAUCGGGUGCAGAAUUUCACCACGAGCCAGGGAACACAUGCUGAGGUGGCUUCAGAGGAGGCAGAGAGGCAUCACCCAUCCCGGCCAAGCGCUGAAGGUUACAGACAUGGACACUUUCCACUUUUUGUUUGAGAUGAAUGAGAAAAGCUUUGUGCAAAAUGUGUUGGGUCGUUUCACCGACAUAGACUUGCAGGACAUCAAGUUGACCCUGUACGACCAAAUGGCUCUUUCCUUCUGCAUCAGGCAGUGGAACGGACUGAGUUGCGUCACCCUCCGGGGUUGCUCCUUCAACCAGCAGAAUCCCAGGGGAGAGCAGGCCACAUCGUUGCCCUGCUCCGGUGCCUCGGGAGCUGGAGGACGUCCCCAUCCCCUUGCUGAGCUGCAGCAGGAGAAGCUGCACUCCCCCAUCCGCCCGCUCUGCCGGGCGCUGCAACACCCAGGCAGCGACCUGCAGGUGCUCCGGCUGCAGUGGUGCCGGCUGUCAGAGAGCUGCUGCGCGGAGCUGGCAGUGCUGGUGGCUGAACACCCCAGCCUGACCCGGCUGGAGCUGGGUGACG